GGAAAAGUCCUGCUCGCGAGCGCUGUGACGUGAUAUCGUCUUCCAGCCUCUUGUUCUUCGGUUUGCCGAUGUUCUGGCGCAGCGAACGACUCCAGCCAUAUCCAGACUGACGCACUUCAUCGCUGCCAAAUUCGUAUCGCACAUGUUCGGCUUCGGCUUCGACCGAAGGCACGUCCAUCCAUGGCCGACUCCAAAGUGAACCUGAGGUUCCAAGCGCAUUUGCGAACACCUUCACCAGACCCCGAUGCUGGACUUCGAGGACUAUCGCACUAUGAGCGACGUCUCCCAUCAUGGCGAUACCGCCUGCGGCAAGCGCUGAUCCCUCUUGUGCGGAAGGAGACGGUCUAUCUAGCCAAAGUGCAACAGGCAGCAAGAACACCACUGCUGGAUUCGUACUUCGCAAUGAGUGCCAAUCUGGGAACGCACACCUUCUUCAUGACCGCGCUGCCCAUCUGUUUCUGGUGUGGCUACCCCAUUCUCGGUGUGGCAAUGGUUCACAUGCUGGCAGCGGGAGUCUAUCUGAGCGGAUAUGCCAAAGAUCUGGUCUGCCUGCCACGACCACUAUCACCACCUCUGCAGCGCAUCACCAUGUCUGGCUCAGCGGCGCUCGAGUAUGGCUUUCCUUCGACUCAUACGACAAACGCUGUUUCCGUGGCCAUGUAUUGUCUCCACUAUCUCUGGUAUGAGCAAGAUCAUCUAUCCCUAUGGAGCUAUCGGUUGAGCAUAUUCGGCUGUCUUGCAUACGCCACAUCCAUCAGCAUUGGCCGCAUGUACUGCGGCAUGCAUGGCUUCUCCGACGUCAUCUUCGGUGCAUUCCUUGGUGCUUUCAUCGCAGUGUGCAGAGUUGCCGCAGGUCCUGCAUUCGAUCACUGGGUCUUGGCAGAUGGAUGGGCUCGACCUGCUAUGGUGGCUCUCAUCUUGGCACUGGCUGUCCGCUUCCAUCCCGAGCCUGCUGACAACUGCCCAUGUUUCGAUGACAGUGUCGCUUUCAUUGGAGUAGUCAUGGGCAUUACCUUUGGGAUGUGGCAUUAUGCAUCCUUGCAGACGAACAGCGCAGAUCCGGUGGCCGCUUUCCAGAGCAUGUACAUGUUCGACAACAAGGACAUCUUCAAAGCAGGAGCCCGUCUUGUGCUCGGCGUUGUCGUGAUAUUUGCCUGGCGAGCAACGAUGAAGCCAUUGCUGCUGCGCACCUUACCGCCGACCUUCCGCUUCGUCGCACAUUAUGGGCUACAGAUGCCACGUCGAUACUUUCUGCAAUCGAGGGAUUACAACACUGUUCCCGAACUCCGACAGGACGACAAAGUCUUGCCGCCCGCCUCCGACAUCCCGAGUAUGCUGAACGCCAUCCGACGCCGGAAGCGCACCAUCUCAGUUGGGCCGCAAUCAGAGGCCGACGCUAGAGAGAUGAUUGCGAACCGUGAGCAAGCUCGUCAACCGAGACCACAGGCAUCUGCGCCCUCGCUGCGAGUGCUGUCCACAGAAGGAUCUUCGCUCGUAAUGACGCCUGAAGAACCUUCCGACUCAACAUCAUACCUCACUGCGAAGCACAGUCAGACACAUCUUUCUACGCCACCCACAAAGAUCAAUUCCGCUGCGAAUGUGCUUUUGACUCCACCUGCGAGCGAAAAUGGCACGGGCAGCGAUAGUGGUACCGAAGAAGAGAAAAGCGAUCGCCGAAUGUUCUCCAACCUCGAAAAGCCUAGAGUCCGAUACGAUGUGGAAGUCAUCACUAAGCUUGUUGUUUAUGCAGGAAUCGCGUGGCUGGCUGUUGAGGGCAACCCACUACUCUUCGCCCGACUGGGCAUCACCUGAGUUCGCGUUUGAUGAUCUCCGCAGCGCUUUUACCUUGCGCUGUCAGUUGUCAGAACGCACGGCUUUGCACUAACAGAUGAGUUGAGCUUCGUAUGUCCAACUCAACUCGAGAAUGCUGGACAUGGCGCCCAAUAUCUCUUCCGUCGAAGCGUCGACAUUCGAUGUCAUCUGCAAUUGACAUUGGGCACGAUAUGUCGCGGAACGCUCACGCGUCCAGCCGCUGCUCGAAUGAUGCGAAAGCCCGAUUGUUCACCUCGCUCUCGGUUUCUUUCGGCGGUGAGAGACAGCAUGGAGCUUACAAGAGGCUAGUCUCGCGCCCGCAUUGAUACCCCUGCGUUUCGAAGAGCAGCCGGCUCUGGCUUCAGACAGAAUUGCAAGUGGCUCUGGGCUGAUCACACGCAUACGGCUUUGAAGAAAGACGAAACUGCAGGAUCCAUGUAUUGUCAAUGGUGUUGCAGCAACUGACCGGCGGGCACUCAUAUCGUCAACGCGAAUCGUGAGCGAUCAUGAUCAGUCAACCGUGCAGGGGUUUUGAUGGCGCAAGUGACGGGAUUUGGUGGGCAGCUGGGAAUGGCGAAGGACCUGGAGCGACAGCUGAGUCCAUCGUAGGAAUUGUGGUGUACUCGGACAGUCUGCAUAAGGACCGCGAGGAGCAUAAAGUACACCACGGGUCGUAGGUUGACCAAAAAUGGGCGUUGUAGUCGCACUCUGAAGAGAACAUGAGCCACUGUCUGUGGCUGCUGAUCUGAUUCGCCACUUCGAUUUUACUUUCGCCUCACUGCAUGAAACUGCCGGCCGGU